UAGUGGGACCGCGAGACAUCACUCGUUAUGGUUGUUUUGAGCAGUUGCGUGCGAACGUCUCGGUGAUGUGGGUAGUUGCUGAGCAGCGGUCGUGAUACAAAUGCGUCAACCAAAUUGUUAGUGACACGGCACUGAGAUUUACGUGCACAGUGAGUACCCCAACAAGCCGAGUAAAGAUAUUUAGCUCCGUCACCCCAGUGCGAUGGCAUCACAGGCGAACGCACGUGGCGUCUCGCGCGUCCUGGAGAAGCUUGAGAACUCGGUGAAAAACGGCAAGUACUACGAGGCGCAUCAGAUGUAUCGGACGAUGUAUUUUCGGUAUCUCAGCCAAGAGAAGUUCACCGAGCUGAUGGAUAUGCUCUACAACGGCGCGAUAUUAUUUCUAGACCACGAUCAGCACAUCAGUGGGGCAGAUUUAGGAAUUCUCUUGGUGCAAGUCCUAACUCAGGCUAACAACAAAGACUACAAGACGUGGAUACCGAAACUGUGCUCGAUAUUUGCCAAGAUAAGCACGAACACACCCGAACGUGAUACUUUCCUAGGAAACGCAAUUCGUUGGUCGUCUGCAAAUGCAUUGCAGGGUCAUCCACAAUUACAUCAGAAUGUAGCCCAAAUAUAUUGGAACGAGAAAAAUUAUCACCAAGCGCGCUAUCAUUAUCUGCACUCGAAGGAUGGACAAGGGUGUGCUAAGCUGUUGAUAGAGUUCCAGAUGACGCAAGGCUACGGCAGUGAAGUGGACCUAUUCAUCGCACAGACCGUUUUCCAGUUCUUGUGCAUGCGUAAUGAACGCACCGCGAACCUGACCUUCGCCUCGUACACAGCGGCUCAUCCUGGCAUAAAACGCAGCGGGCCCCCGUACCUACUGCCGCUGUUGAACUUUUUGUGGUUUCUGUUGAAGGCUAUUGAAAGCAAGAAGCUGGCUACGUUUGUCGUGCUCUGCCAGCAAUACGAGGUGUCUAUUAAGCGCGACCCCUGCUACAAGCAGUACCUCGAUAAGAUCGGACAGAUUUUCUUCGAUGUGAAGCCGCCGCCACAACACAGCAAUCAUUUCUUCGGCAAUUUUUUGCAGUCGUUCCUUGGUGGCCUUGAUGACGACAGCGACGAUGAGGCGGGCGCGUCGUUUAGGCCCUCGGCCUCCUCCAGUAGGAGACCCGUUGAGACCGCCGAGCUGGAUUAGCCGCCGCGUCAUCUACACACUUUACACAUAAUCUAUUUCACCAUGGGCGAUGUCGCCGACUAAAUAAUUAACAUUGGGUGCGGUCCAAUGCUUACUUUUCGGUUUUCACACGAACACACGAUUCACAGACGAAGUAUUUAGCCAUUUUCAUACAUCCAAACUAAAAACAACGGAAGUUUAAACGAUUGUUCAAAAUACGGACGUGAAUGAUUUUUUCAUAGGUGCAAAAGCGUCAUUCAAAGACGAUCCAAAUAAAUUUGUCAUUCUUUAUUAGUACUUUAAUGUUAUGUACAUAAUGUGUUGCUUUUAUGUUAAUAUGCGAUCGUAGGGACGAACGUCAGGGCGACGUAUUUCAACGCGUCAAACGUGCGUGACUGUUUAAGCCAUUCUGUUUGGUAUAAACUAAUUUCAAUUUAAUCAGUAUGGGCAAUAAACAAAUGAAUAUUG